AUGGCCAACAACACAGUGUACGUUUUUAGUCAGAAAGAUUCUAAAUACGCCUACAAAACCGAGUUGAGAUCGUGUCUGGAACAUUCCUCGAGACCGACCAGCACCAUGUGGGUCAAUUUGUUGGCAGAAGGAAGUGGUGUCAGAAACGUGGGUAUUGAACAGAGUAUCGUAGCUCUCCUUCCAUACAUCAAACAGGAAAUUCCUAUCAUCAUUGAUUUUGAUGAUCUUGAGAUGAUGGAGAUGGUGGAAGAAGCAUCCUGUGUUCAGGAUCAGCAGGUGGCCUUGAACUUUAUUGGAGGGAGGGGGACGAGACCUGGGGUGACCAGGGAAAAGAGGAUCAAGUACGCUAAGGAGAUUAUCCAGAAAGAGAUGUUGCCGCAUGUCGGUGACAGUGAUUCCUGCAAAACCAGGAAGGCAUAUUUUCUUGGGUUAUUACAUGGUGCAUCACUAGGCAGAAGAGCAGUUGAUGACAGAGAUCACUAUGGAAACAAGAGAUUAGAUCUUGUCGGACCCCUUCUUGCUUAUCUCUUCAGAGAGACAACCAGGCAAGGGCCGGUGCUGAAUAGACUAACAUACGCAUCCACGCUCUCUCAUCUAAGAAGGGUGAACUCUCCAAUUGGCAGAGACGGAAAGCUGGCGAGGCCUAGACAACUUCACAAUACUCAAUGGGGCAUGAUCUGUCCGGUUGAGACCCCAGAAGGAUGUGCAGUCGGCUUGAUAAAGAACCUCGCCCUCAUGGCUAACAUAUCCGUCGGCUCGCAACCAUCCCCCAUACUCGAGUUUCUGGAGGAGUGGAGCAUGGAGAUUCUGGAAGAGAUUUCUUCCUUUGCUAUCAUGGGUGCUACAAAAAUUUUUGUCAAUGGAUGCUGGGUGGGCAUUCACAGGGACCCAGAACCACUGAUGAACACUCUGAAGAAACUUCGUCGUCAGAUGGAUGUCAUCAUAUCCGAAGUAUCAAUGAGUUGGGAUUUCAGCUAUAGAGAGAUUAUGAUAUACACUGAUGCCGGCAGGAUAUCCAGACCUUUGCUCAUUGUAGAAAAUCAAAAACUUCUACUCAAGAAACGACAUAUCGAUCUGCUAAAGGAGAGAAAACACAAAAAUUAUGGUUGGCAAGAUUUGUUAGCAAAUGGAGUAGUAGAGUACAUUGAUACGAUGGAAGAAGAAACAGCCAUGGUGGCUAUGGAGAAAGGUAUUUUGUACUGCACAACGUACACGCACUGCGAAAUUCAUCCAUCGAUGAUACUUGGAGUUUGCGCCUCCAUCAUACCAUUCCCUGAUCACAACCAGUCGCCACGUAACACAUACCAAUCUGCUAUGGCCAAGCAAGCCAUGGGUGUCUACACUACAAACUACCACGUCAGAAUGGAUACAUUAGCCCACGUUCUCUAUUAUCCUCAAAAGCCUCUCGUUACUACAAGGUCGAUGGAGUACUUAAGAUUCAACGAGCUACCGGCUGGCAUCAACAGCAUCACAGCCAUUGCAUCGUACUCUGGAUACAAUCAGGAAGAUUCAAUCAUCAUGAACGAGUCAGCUGUCGAUCGCGGGUUUUUUCGAUCAAUUUUUUAUAGAUCGUACAAGGAUGCCGAAUCAAAGAGGGGGUUCGGUCAGGAGGAGGUGUUUGAGAAACCUGAUAGAUCUUACGUGAAAGGCAUGAAAAAUGCAUCUUACGAUAAGUUGGAUGAUGAUGGCAUCAUAUCACCGGGUACCAGAGUAUCUGGAGAUGAUGCUCGCAUUGGUAAGACUAUCACACUGCCUGAAAAUGAAGACGAGGUAUCGAGGAGGUACACGAAACGAGACAACAGUGUCUUCAUGAGAAAAGGUGAUACAGAAGUGGUGGAUCAGGUAAUGCUUUCGAUCAACCAGGAGGGUUUCAAGUCCUGCAAGAUCCGUGUCAGGACUACCAGAACGCCGCAGGUUGGCGACAAGUUUGCCAGUCGUCACGGUCAGAAAGGAACUUGUGGCAUGAAAUACAAACAAGAAGAUAUGCCAUUUACAGCACAGGGCAUCACCCAGGACAUCAUCAUCAACCCGCACGCCAUUCCUUCUCGUAUGACGAUUGGUUAUUUGAUUGAGUGCCUGCAGGGUAAGGUGGCGGCUAAUAGGGGUGAGAUUGCAGACGCCACCCCAUUCAAUGAUGCCGUCAAUGUCAAGAAAAUGUCCGAUAUUCUCAAGAGGUAUGGGUAUCAUAGGUACGGAAAUGAGGUUGUCUACAACGGUCACACCAGUCGCAAGAUGGUUUCUCAGAUAUUCAUCGGACCAACGUACUACCAGAGGUUGAAGCAGGCAACCCAUGGAGGGUAG